AUGCCCCUUCGUUUUAUUCAUGAAUGCUCAAUCAACAUUCUCACUCUUUCUCCAUCGAUCGAACGACAAUUCUCCCGUGGCGACUUUCUCACCUCCCAAUCACCGCAAAUCUUCUUCAUCUGUCUUGAUCCUCAUGUUAUUACGAAUUCUAACGAAUAUAAGCCCCAGUUCGGCGACCUAGACAUCAUAAAGGAAAUCAAAUUUUGUCCCUCUUCCCUUUAUUGGUCGCUGGUGCACAAAGGAAAUCUUUCUGAGAAGGAAGCUAGAGAGUACUUUCAACAGCUUCUUGAUGUUGUUGCAUAUUGCCUUGAAAAGGGUGUGUAUCAUAGAGAUUUCAAGCCUGAAAAUAAUCUUCUUAAUUCUGAAGGAAAGCUGAAGGUUGCUGAUUUUGGACUUAGUUCUGCUAAAUUGUCAGAUCUUCAUAGAAUAUUAAGUGAGGCAGUAGAUCCUGAUGGAGGUUUAGGAACAAGUGGCAUCCCAUUCGCCUGA